GUCACGAUGUCGUACACCGAUCUCCCGGUAGACUACAGACAAACAUUUGGUCGGUACACCUAUUUGUUCAAAUGUAUCGGCCUGGAUUUCUUUGACAAUUCAACCAGUUAUGUAUCUUGGAAUAAAAUUAAGUUACUUUUGUUCUGUAUAACAUUUUAUCCAUUUAUUUCUACGCAGUUUAGUUUGCUUUCUGAAAUAAGAGCCGAUAAUUUUUUGGAGGGUGUUCGCGUUUUGCCCGUUGAUAUUAUGUUUGCUCAUGACAUAGUGAAAAUGAUAUUAGCUCUCGUCAGGAGAGCUGACUUAAGGGACAUGAUCCUGGAAGUCGGUGAGUUGUGGCCGAAGAACCUCGCGCCUGAUGACCAAAAGGCUGUGAUACUGAAGGCUUGGCUGAGGAAGAUCAAGAUUCCUCUUGAUUUAUACUUUAUGUUCGCAAUGAUGAACCUGGGCCUUUUCGAGUUGAUACCAUUCCUCAUAUCAUGCUUCUACCUCGUGAAGGGGGACAAGGUCUACCUGUUUCCCUUCCAAUUGCCUAAGUUCUGGGAGGUCGACUCCAUCAUCACUUACCUACUCACCUAUGUUUGGGAGGUGGUUGGCACGGUGCCCUGCCAGAUGUGUCUAUACCUGCCUUUUGACUUAAUAAUUGUAAUAAUGACAUCAAAUGUAAGCGCACUCCUGCGACUCUUACAAGUGGACUUGAAGAACGCCAUCAAAUUGCGUGACGAACAACAUAAAACUAAGAGCAACUUAAAUGUUUCUGACACUCACAGCUAUGAGGAAUUGAAAAGAAUUGUUGACAUACAUCAACGAUUGUUAAGGAUAGCGGACCAACUGUCGAGUAUUUUCGGCUUGGUAAUAUUCAUUCACGUUGCGUGCGCUGCUCUUGAAAUCUGUUUCUUUGGGUUUUUGACCAUGGUAUAUGGCGGUCUAGCUGAAACGAUUGCUAAUAUGCUGACGGUUCUCAAUGCAGUUUUCACUAUUUUCCUCUUGUCACUCUCUGGUCAAUUCUUGUGUGAUACGAGUUCAGAAGUUGCAGAUGCGGCUUAUGAAAGUUAUUGGUACGAAAGUGAUCAUAAAGUGAAGAAGCUAACAUUAUCGAUCAUUAUCAGAGCCCAACGGCCUAGUUAUUUAUCAGCCCUUGGAUUUUCUCAAUUGACACUCAAAUCAUUUUCCAAGAUUAUGAGCUCAGCUUGGACUUACUUUUCGUUACUGAUUCAAAUGUAUGAAGAGACCUAAGUUGCAAAGGAUGGGACAUACACUCUUAUUUCUCAGUCAACAAUAUCACACUAGAUUAUGAGCAACGAACGUACUGUGGAAAGGAUAUUCUACGAACUACAUUUUUCUGAUGUUAUUCACAGAUAAAGCAACAAGCACUUUUUUCAAGCACAUUAUCAGCCUUUUUAUUGUCCCUCUCUAAGGGCGUAGGCCUCUUCUCAUAUGGAGAAGGAAUGAGCGUUGAUCAAAUAGAGAAGGGAUGAUGCGUGCACGAUCGGAAGUUUUCCUUCACCCUUUAUUCAGACAUUGGGAUCCAAGAUAUACUUAGAAAAUUUACAUUAGUAGGUACUUGCCUGACCUGGUAUCUGCACACUAAUACUUGAAAAAAUGGUGCUUUACUGGGCCAGCAUGACUUUAAGUUACACACAGCACUAGUAAAUUGAGGUAACUGUUCAAUUUAUUAUGCACUAGCAAGGGAUAUUCACUAACUUGUCGAUUUUUAUAUACUCACGUUAUAAAUUAUUUUAUUUUGAUAAUAAAGCAAAUA